AUGUCAAACGACAACAAGAGCUCCUGCUGCAAAGGAAAUGAAAUCCCAGGCGAUCCACGAUCAUUGAAGAGUCAAGUGCUCGAGACCGGAGCCUCAACGAUCCAAGAUUUCACACCGGUGAAACAAAUCUGCGCCCAUCUCAAUGCAUUCCACGUUUACGCCAGUGAUCCAACCCGAUGCGUCGAGGCCAAUCACUAUUGCACCCAUUUGACAGAGGAUGUCCGCCAAUGUCUGAUCUACGACUCACCUGAGAAGAACGCCCGCCUCAUCGGUGUGGAAUACAUGAUCUCGCCGCGGAUCUUCGCGACUCUUCCCACCGAGGAGCGCAAGCUCUGGCACACGCACGAAUUUGAAGUCAAGAGCGGCAUGCUGGUCAUGCCAGCACCGGCUGGUGUGCCCGAUGCUGUAUGGGAAGCUGCGGAGACGGCAGAGAUGCAGGAUGUUGCGCCUAUCUAUGGCAAGACGUAUCAUUUCUGGCAGGUUGAUCGUGGAGACCCUGUGCCUAUGGGUGAGCCUCAGUUGAUGGGUAGCUUUACAUCGCAUGAGAGUGUGGAGGUUGCACACCCUGCGGGAUUGGAUUCGUUGUUGGAGGAUCGGAAUAAGAGGUUUGGGGUGGAUCAUCGGCAGAAGGCAAAGAAGAGGGAGGGUAUUGAGCCAGUUGAGAAGCAUCCUGCUCGAUCUAAGCAAGACCAUGCCUCCAAUUCAAUACACAUGGAGCACUUCGUCCGGUCGUUAGUAAGGGGCUUCAACCCGCGCACAAUUGGCCGACUCGCGCUCAAUGGCACUAGCACGUUCUGCGCCUGUGCGCUCAUCUGGGAGCACCUGAUAACCAUCCAGCUCAGCGAGGGCCCGUCGAUGUACCCUACCUUCGACGUGCGAGGAGAUUGGCUCCUGAUAUCACGCAUGCACCGCAACGGCAAAGGAAUUGAGGUGGGAGAUGUUGUGCGAUAUGGUCAUCCGAACUUUCAAGGCGUGCAUGUGGCCAAGCGAGUAGUUGGCAUGCCUGGAGAUUUCGUCUGUCAAGACAAGCCGCUUAGCACGGAUAUUGGCAAGGAGGGGAAUAUGAUACAGAUUCCCGAAGGUCACGUCUUUCUGGCCGGCGACAAUCUUCCCUGGUCUAGGGAUUCAAGGAAUUACGGUCCAGUACCUAUGGGUCUCAUUAAUGGGAAGAUAAUUGCCAGGGUUUGGCCUCUGUCAAAGAUGGGGUGGGUGACCAAUCCGUUGCAACCGGCGCAACUGGAGGCCCAGAACAUUUGA